AUGUGGUCUCUGCUCAUGACUAGUGGCAUCUUCCUCGCUUUUUGUGUGUGGUUUCUGUAUCCUCUAGCACUAUAUCAUGGCAGUAAUGGACUCGUACAUGUCCCUAUACUGUCUCUUCUUCGUUUUAGCUUGAAAGUACGUAUUCAAUCAUGGAUCUUGUGGGGUUUUUCUCGAGUCUUUCGUAACGUCCCGAGACUUCCUGCUGUCGAUCGAUUACCCAACCACGUGCUACGAGUGCUAGGCAAUAAUCCCAGUCAAAUGACAUUGGAUGGUACAAAUGUGUACAUUGUAGGCAAUGGAUCAAGUCGAGUAUUGAUUGAUUCAAGUGAUGGGAAUGCAAGUUUUAUUAAGACAUUGCUACAAGUGUGUCAAUGUCAUGGAGUACGAGAAAUUUCAGAUCUAUUGAUAACUCAUGGCCAUUUGGAUCAUGUAGGAGGAUUGUUGCAACUUCAAAAGCAUUAUCCGGCUAUGAAAGUGUGGAAAUAUCUACCUGUGAAUGGUAGAAAGGGUGAUGGAGAUGGCGAUCGACGACUAUGUCUCAGUAAUGAUGAGAGUCGACAGUUGGGGAUUCAAGCUCUUGUAGAUGGACAGAAGUUCCAAGUACCGGGUUCUGGGGUGUUGACGACUAUCUAUACUCCUGGACACUGUAAUGAUCACGUUUGUUUCCUGUUGGAUAGCGUCGAAGGUCAGAAAGCUUCCGUGCUGUUCUCCGGAGACUGUGUCUUGGGCUUUGGAAGCUGCAUGUUCGACUCACUCCCCGACCUCAUGUCAUCUUUAGCAAAGUUGAACGCUUGUGGUGCUAGUGCUAUUUACCCGGGGCAUGGUCCGAUGGUAAGUGACGCACCGACAAAGAUUCUUGAAUAUAUUGCGCACCGCCAGCAGCGUGAAGACGAAGUACUGGCAGUGCUGAAGAAGUACAGCGAUCAUGUGGAAGGACUGUCGUCAUCAGAUAUCGUGGAUAGAGUUUAUGAGCCACUGCCAUACGUUUUGCGUUUGUCUGCGAGAAAAACAGUGGAAAAACAUCUGCAGAAACUGCUUGUAGAAGUCCGAGUCCGGCAAAUUCGUCGAUCAGGAUGGUUCCAGACUGCUACGUACUGCCUGAGUGAAGACAUUCCUAGAAAAUUAGCAUCGUGA